AUGAGAACGAGUAUUUCCUGCAUCGUAGUUCCAGACGCAUACAUAAAACUGUUUAGAACUAUACGUAUGAGACAAAUCAGCAUUGUUUCGUCUCCUUCAGAACUUAUAUUUGCAAAAAAAUACUCUUUCUUCUUAUCUUUUCAGACAAGUCUCUUGGGCUCUAUCUGCAACAUUUAUCUUCUUCUGAAGUUUUCAGCGAGAGAUGGUAGACCAAAUGGAUUUCAAAAAAUCUGUUUAGUGAAAACUGUUCCAAACAUUAUAGUCUGUCUUUCGUUCCUGUUCUGGGUUGUUCCGCUAACUGCAUUCUCAUAUUCUUACAAUGAAGUUAACUAUUGGCUAAAUAGUCUGGUUGGAGGAGUUGCUGGAACAUGGGCCUACCUGUUGACACCAAUUCUCCAAGUUUCUAUGUCGUGUAAUCGUUUUUAUGUACUAUAUUUUCCUUUUGGGAUAAAGUUAGUGAAAAAAGUACCAAUGACAAAUGUCAUAAUUACUAUCGCAUCAUUAUCUGUUUCCAUAGUAGCCGCAACAACUUUACCAAAAGGAUGCGGUUAUGUUUAUGACCCCGAGUUUCUUCAAUGGAUUCCUGAGGAAGGAAAAUGUGCUGAAACGGUUUCCAGCGGUAUAAAUUAUGCAAUAAUCAUUUUCACAAUUUCUUCAAACUCUUUUAAUAUCGCAACAGCUUCUCGUCUCUUGAUGAGAAAAAUAGUGGGACUUACAAAACAAGAUUCGUCGAAAAGAAGAAAACGAUGGAUGAUUAUGUUUUUGCAGAGCGUCAUGCAAGACUGUCUACAUUUGGUUGAUAGCAUAAAUGCGACAUAUUUAUGGAAGUUAAGCGAAGAGCUUUGGUUUCAAUGUAUUUUCUUGACACUUUCAUUUAUUACUAUUUAUACAUUGGAUGGAUUCGUGAUGCUAGUUUUUAAUCAAGAUAUUCAACCAAAAUGGUGUAGAAGUGGUUCAAAAGGAGAACGAACUAGUGCGAUGAUGGUUACUUCAAAAAUAUCUGUCACAACUAUGACUUGACAUUUAAUAAAAUUUAAAAUUCAGAA